AUGACAGCGAGGGGGCACACGGUGGUCAAUGACUGUAUUAAUCUUUGGCGUCCCAGGCGCUGGAAGACACAUCUCGCGCGCCAUUACGUGUUCACUCAGCGCGACUGCUACCCUGGUGGCAUCUUCUGGAUCGACGCGAGGUCUCGCGAGUCCAUGUACAAGUGCUUCUGGGAGAUUGCGCAAGCAGCCACGCUGGUCGAAGCCAAGGUCUGCAUGUGUCGUUACUCACCCAUUCCAAUGGCCCAUGGGUUCAAUGCACAUGCAUGA